AUGAAGACCCCGCGCACCAGCCAAAGCUGGCAGAACAUAAUGCGUCUUUCGCGAAGGCGCCUUGUUACAUUUCUCAUUGGCAAGCGUCAAUACAGCAUCUGUCGGCCCUUCUUUGUUAGCGUGCUUUUGAAUCAGAUCUUCUUCUACCUCCUUCUGGCUUUUUGUAUCACUAGCUACAUACGGCCUAAUGACAUUUUUCUUAAGGUCACCUUCCCGUGGGGCCUUUAUAUCUUCUUUACCAUCGUCGUUUCACUCCAGGCAUCUUUUCUAGUUAUGGGGUUUGUCCUUUCUCUUGCUCUACACAUCUCUCUGACAAAGGGGAACACAAACUAUCAAGCAGCCCGAGCUAAGCGUCUAGUCUUCUACUUUCUAACAAGCAUUAGAUUGAUAUACGCCUUUGGGUCGUCGUUUUUAUUAUUCUACAAUGCAAUCCAAAAGAGAUUUACUUUGUUCUUUUGCCAUCUCAUCGUAGCAAUCCUUAGUAUUUUCUAUUUUACAAUUUUCAAUUACAUGUCUUUGUUUUAUGCGUCUACAACGUUUGUCCUCACCCCAAUCCAGUAUCUGCUAACUGCUGCAGUGCCCUAUAUCAUCUCCUUCGUGAUGGGCCCCCUGUACAUUGUGUUUAUUGGCUUUAUGCGCGGCCUUUCCAACUGGAUGAUUGCAUCCAGGUGCCUACACGGCUUUGUUCUUGUGUUUGUAACAUAUAGCAUUAUCAUUAACUGUAUCGUGCCCUUCUGCAGCUUUUUGACUCCGGUCAUUAUCGCAAUUCUAUGCUUGCUUUCUGGACUCAACUUGGUGGGGAUUGUAAUGACUAUCAUACCUGUGCCGACCAACCAUUUCAUGAUUUACACCGUGACAGUGCUUUGUUGGGCAUGCUUCACAUUUUUGUUAUCUUAUACUUUUGUCAUCCGCAAGUACAGAAGGGAGCAGGCGGCAAUAGUCAGGCUUCACAACGGAGACUAUACCUACACCGGAGUAUCCCUGACCCCGGAGAUGCUCUACAAUAGCCUCUUACUUUUCACAUCCCAUAUAAAGCGUGUCGCAAUUACAGACGGAAGAUUUUAUGUAGCGCUAGAAAACAUCUGUCUCUGCUACAUCAUCGCUCUGUACAAUUCAUUGAGGCUAGAUUCAGCGACUAAUAAGAUAGGCUUCCGUGACUAUAGGCGCGGCACAAAGCAAGCCCAUGGGUGCAUUGCUAGAUGUUCUAAACAGAAAAAACUGGCAUACAUAUGCCUUAUUCUGGACAUGCUUGAUUGCGAGGUGCUCCGUGCAUUUCUAGAUGCCCCCAAAGAGGAGGAUUCGCAAUCACAGGAAGACCUGCGCGGAGUCACUGCAUCUAUCAAUAAAGACAAACAUAUCGUGUACGAAAUCAACAUGUACCUACUGGAGAUUUUUUCUCUGCUAAUGAUCCUCAAGAGCACAGAGCACUCUUUGAUCAAUCAGCCAAUGCUGUUGAAUUCGGAGCAGAGGUCUGAGUCCAGUCCUGAAUCACAAAGUCAUCUUAAGCAAGGCAAGACGAAUGCUGAAGCAAAAGAGCCACAGAAGCAGGAUAGAUCACCUUCUGAGGCCUGUAUCUAUCCAGAUGGGCAGGGUGACGAAGUUGCCAAGUCAUCCGUGCUCAUCAAUGUUCAGCAGUACCGAAGAAGUUCUCCGGUUACCCCCACAGAGAAGGAAGAUCUUGCCACGAUAGACGUUUCGGACGUGGGCUACUCAGACUUGAAUGCCCCGUCGCCUAACGCUAGUGAGUCUGGAGUCCAGCCGAAGCUCGCAUCCAUCACAGUCACAGAAAGAAAGGAGCGUUCUUUGAACCGCUUGAGCGACAAUAUAGCAUGCUACACAAGUACUGAAGUUUCUGAGCAAUCACAUAUACCUUUGCGUGUCUAUAGGCGUGAUAAUGAUACCAUGCAUCUUACACUUAACAACAGGAAGAGGUGGCUGUUUCACAGGCCGACGUUCUCUAUUCAUCACCUCUCACGAGGCUCUAAGGAUACUCUUGCCAGUUCUGCUGCAAAUCUCAAGGAUUGUCGGUCAAAGCUUCAGUGGAUUAUCCAGCAGCUCUCCCCACAAUUCCUCCGAGACCUAGUGUUUGAUUCUCCGGAGCUAGACCUUAGCACCAGAUCCGCUUGGUCCCUAAACGCUUUGCUUGAAACACUUCUCUAUUCGUGCUGCGGGUUUGUUCUUGUUAAGAUGAGCACCAAGGAUCUACACCCCCAGUUCAGACGACUAUUCGAUCCCAGCAGGCUCUUCUAUCUGGAUGAUACUCCUCCUCAAGAAAUGUACAAGCAACAAGGUAUAUCUGAUAAUCAGUCACCAAUCUGUGAAGGUACCAAGAAAAUAACGAGCAUAGCAACGCCCCUUUCCAUCGCCUCCCCUUACCUCUCUACACCGAAAGAUGUCAGUGCAAUAUUUAAUGAGCAGAUCAAUCCCGAUGUUACCCCAAUGUCAACCAUGAAACAGUUCCAUGGCACUCUUAGAAAGCUGAGUAGAUUCAAGAUUAUCAAGUACUUGGGCCUAGACAAUAUAUACGACUCUAUCUCUCAGUGUAUUAGUAAUAAGGAGGAUCUUGUCGAGGUCGAACGCGACUACGCGAAUGCCUUGGAUUUUGCUCCACCUACCAAGUACAAAUACUUUGCGAACCCGAAAUUAGCGAAUACGAGGCCCAUGAACAUCUGCUCCUGUAUGAUCAUAAACUCUAUCUUGGGCAGGAUCCUUGAGAAUGCGGAUACGUGUCUGACAAAUAUUGAUCGUAUCACGAAGCUCAGCAAUAACCUAAAGCAGGACUGCCACUUCUCCACCGUCAGACUUGAAGAGCUUAUGGUGCUAUGCAACAAACAGAAUGUGAUGUAUCAGGACAUCGUUGAGCAGGCGAAACGAUUGUACAUAGCGUACCCUUACUGUGUCACUGCCACGCACACACUUGCAUGGGUUUAUCACGAGCUCUAUAACACCAUCUGGCCGCUUAACCAGCUCAGCAUCUUCCCCCUCAUUAGCCAUAUUCAGCCAUCCUUAAAUAACAAGGAGCUCAGCAACCUAAACAAUUCCCUUUUCCACUCUGAUUAUAUGAGGAGGCGUACAUCGUCAAUGAUAUCCGAUAGCUCUGACGUUGACUCCUCCACCAGCAGUCACGAUUCUGCUAUUUCACCCGAGGAUGCACUAGAAGAACAGGAUAGCGACGAUUCUGAUGUCACUGAUGGAUCUGAUAUCAAGCAAUUACCGGACUCGCCCGUGUCUAGCCAGCAAGAGUCCACUGCGCACUCGGAUGACCCUGCCACUGGCACGUUCUCCACCCUUUCUCUUUCUAGUUUCGGUCAAACGCGUACAAAGUCAGUGCUAGUAGAUCACAUAUCUCCAGGAGCGCCCCUGAUACAACAGGAUAGUUGUUGUGAAUCGGUCAGAACCGUCCGAAACUACAUCCAGAAUUUUAUCCUCACACAGGACCGGUCCAUACAAUCCUUCUACAUAUCGUAUACUCCCGAGGGGUCCAUAGUGAUUUUGCCCCCAUGCCUGAGUUACUGCCACUAUGCAGUCGUUGACAACCCCCUGUCUCUUCAGCGUUGUGAGUACAGAACAUAUGCCGAUAUAAAGGGUGCAGAGGCAUCACUAAUGGUAUCGCCGGUUUCCAUAAAUAUAGUUAACCACAUGGCCAUUUUGUCCACAGCACUCGAUACCUCCAUGGAAAAAGAUGGCAAAACCAGAAGCAGAUCUAAGAAAAGCCGUCGCCUCUGGCGCCGGUUCUUCACCACUGGAUUCCAUGACUCAUUGGGGUCCACAAAGAGUUCUGCAAAGAGGUUUGUUAAAACUUUAUUAAACAAACAUCAAGACAUAAUUAGAUCAAUAACGGUGUUCAACCCUGAAAACCUCGCAUACACUGUUGCUUCGUUACUUGCCUUUGUGGUCUCUCUCUUCAUUAUCAACAAGGCAAGCAGAGUCUUUAUGUAUAACGACUCCGUCAUAGAGGCCGCCAGUAUUUUUGCCGCUGUUGUUCAAGCGGACGAGAUCGCCUUUAUGAAAAUAUACGAUAGCUAUUCCCAGAGAGUGGUCAAUAAGGAGCCGAUAGACACAUUUUUCACCCCAAAGGACUUAGAGGAGCUGUACUACCUAAGCAUAUCCGACAUAUAUGAAGAUAUGUCUCAAAAAAUCUAUAACCUAGGCCUGGAUCUAGAGCAGUAUGCUUUUUCUUCAAUUCAUCCCUUUUUCCACAUUCUAAAGGUCUCUAAUAAGAUGGUUUCAUUCAUACCAACCCCGAUUCCCACACGUAUCUACGGCACAAUUGUAUUUCAGAACCCGUAUAAGGAUAUGCUCGUUUGCUUUCCACCUCCGCAGGCACUAGACAAGCUGAGCCUCUGGAAUAUAAACAACCAUCAACUGAUUACCGAGUGCAUCCAAAGUAAGAUAGAAGGUGUGCGAUCCAAUAUCUACAUCAAUAUCGUGCCGUUCGUUUGGAACAGCAUGUUCACCGUGGCAACAUCUUCUCUGCUGAUACAGAACUUCUCUACGCACCUCAAGGUACUCUUGAUGGCGCUAACGGGAACAGUAGGUUUUUGUCUUAUUUUCACCUUCUCAAGCUAUAAUAUCUUUCUGGUUCGUCUUCAAAACCUUUCUGACCUUCUGCUCAAUCUUCUGUCACGAACAGGAGCACGAUUUGAUUAUAGGCUAUUAUUUGCACAGUUCUAUUCUAAAGAACGGAUCAACUUUGCGUACCAGAACGUGAAGUACACUCCGACAUUUGAGCAUCUUGUGUCCAUGCACUCUGAGGUAACUGCAGAGAAAGAUAUGCUGCUGAGAAGGUGUCCCCCACAGUUGUGUGUUGAGCAGCAACCCAAGACAGAAGCUAGCAGCUCCUCCAGUGACGGCAGCUCCAACCUGCUAUCAGGAUCUAGCAGUGCGUGUUACACCAGCUCUUCUCUUGGUGAUAUGCAGGGCAAGCUCACUUACCGAUACGACUAUAGCAGACUAGUAGAACUAUACAAGACGUUUUCUGCGCAAUAUGACAGGCCAUCUGUCGUCUGGGCCAUUUCCAAGGUAUUUGUUCUACUAUGUAUAGGGUUAAGCAUGGUACUACUGUACAUAUUCCACUCCAUUCCAAUUAUUUCCUACACGGAGACAGGAAUUGGCCCAUAUUAUGCAUCCGUUAUUGAGUCCAUGCGAUAUCCCGAUGAGGACUUGGAUCCCACGUUUUACAAUAAACCUUGGAGCAACGAUAUCGAGCCAAUACACGUUACUCCAGCGUACCAAACAAUAGGAGACGUGGUUAGAUUUGAAAGCUGUUUGCAGAAGGCCACAAGCCCUGCAGAAAGCCAGGAAUGUCGAUCCACUCAUGACUACAUUGAUAAUUCAGAACAUAUUAUAUAUGCCAGUCCACAGUGGAGGCUCACAUGGCUUCGACAAAACUACGCUCUCCUUCAGGACCUCAUUCUCGAUACACUGCUGGUAGACCUGUCUAUUUCCCAGCACACAAGCAUAACCCCUACAGAGCCAGAGACAGAGCCGUAUAGACUAUACUAUACAUGCUCCCGUGCCAUCAAGAAUCCGCAUUUGGCUCCAUUUGUCCUUGACAGGGACAUUCGAUUUGCUGACGUCACAAAAAAGCUCAUCUAUCUCUAUACAAUGUCUGUCCGCAGCCCAUCUUACGAUUACUAUUCUAUGAUCAUCAAUCAGUACAGCAACCUUGCCAGUAAGUAUGUAAUGUUUGUACUAGACUACGGGGCCUCAUCAUCUCCGCCACCCACCUUCAAAGAGAAUGAGUACAAGGCUGCCCUCCUUCUGCCGCCAUUUGAGGUAUACAAGCCGAUGCUCAACCGGCAGAACCUCCAAAAGGAAACAGUCGGAAUAAAGGCAUUCAUAGAGAUGCAGAGGAGCGUUUAUAAUAACAGCUUCUCCAUCCUCCAACCAUCCUAUGCAGAGCUGAGGGGGAAGGACCCGUGUGCGGAGCUCACAGCGUUUCACAGCAUGCUUCUCAUGAACAGCAUAGCCAAACAGCGGGAAUCAACAUCGAUCAAUAAGCAGCUGGAUGAGAAGAACAUAACGACUGAGCACUUGUUCUCGCUUCUUCUCCUUCUGAGCUGUGUUCCUGUUACUUUAUUAGUGCUACACCACUUCUCAGCACCCAGAGUCAAAAUACCUAAGACCACUCGCCCAAGAAGCCCUGUCUGGGUUGACCUUUAUUCUUAUAGGAGCUUACCCCGAUUCUUUGCUGUAUUAGCAUCACUUAUUGCCGCUGUAAUUAUCACAAUAAUAGUGGCCAGCUUCACGCAGUUCUUUAACAAUAAGGUGGCAGUCUCACACAUGACGCGCAUAUACGUAUCUAGCUCUCGGUUGAACAGCUUAGGACUGCAACUCCUGGAAUCUCUUGGUGAUUAUAACAUGCAACUCGCCAGCUUGGAGUGGGACGACGCCAAUCAAGCCUACAGGUAUGCCUGCGAAGAUAUCUAUGUGGCCCUGCAGCGACCAGUAAUGCUCAAUACCAAGUUCCAUCUGGUAGACGCAGUCGAGAGUAUCAAGCCCUUUAUCGACACAGACCAGAUGUUAGACCUCUACUAUAAUAUCCGCCACGCGGUAUUUUCGGUUAACGUGGCGCUGGCACGCAUGUGUAUACUACCGAGGGAAAUGUUUCCAGAGAAAAUCCAGCAGUACACAGCCGAUGUCUAUCUAGACGAAGUCUUCAACUUUAGUAAGCCGGUACCAGACAAGAAGUACUCAUCGUACUAUGAAGACUACCUUCUAUGUGCGGGUCCGACAAACUGCGUUGAGAUAUAUUCAUACGCUAGACUAAAGAGUCUAACUGACAAGGAGCUCCAUCUAUACAUAAAAUCCAUCUCAAAAGGGAGCAACAUCCUAUUCAAGAACUUACUCUUGUUUUCACAUAAAGUCGAGCUGACAACUAACUCUCUGACGCGACAGAUUCUUGCUGUCGAGACUCAAAUAGAUAACUUCUUGGUUCUUAUGCAGCGUAUCAUCUCAUGGUUUCUUGUGAUACAUGUGAUCUUGUUGGUUCUGCUCUACGUCUACUUGCAGUUUGCGCCUACAAGGACUGGCCUUGUCGUCUUCAAGAUAAUGACUACCCACAGGCACAGCCUUGCACUCAGUUUUGGACUGACAGUCGGUGCCUUCAUCGUACUAAUAUUCGUUUUGCUGAUCAGUCUAUUGAUGGCCAUGUUCAGGGUUGAGGUUGUGACAACGGACGAAACCAAACGGUGGACGGAGACCAGGCUCUACAACUCCUUGGGAAACGUCUUCAUUAACUCGCGUCUCAUAAACUUAACACUGGCAACUCUGCAGAACACAGACUUGUCGUAUGAAGAAAUGCAUAUCAGCGAGUUGUAUACUCGCAUACAGAACCUCAAUGAAUAUGCAAAGGUGGCCCAGUCAGCAGCCACCAUGCUACUGCCAGGAUUUAGCUAUACAAACAGCACUGGGAUGUAUGACAUAAAGGAGCUCCUCAUCAAUUAUACCACGAGCAUCCUAGUCGCAACGGAAGAGGUGCGGAAGAGAAUCUGGGAUGCAGCCGACAAAGUCAACCAAAGGAUCCGACUAUCGGAUGUGUAUGAUAAGGACGACUAUCUAGGCAUAACAAACCUCACCCUGGGUGACAUAAACAAGAUCAUGGAGGGAUAUGUUAGUCCAGUGUUCAAGAUGAGAAAUAUCAAGUUGGCCGUCAGCACUGUCUACGGGGUCAUGAUAGGAGCCUUUUUAGUGUGCGCCACAUACACCAUCAUUGUCGUACGAAAGGAGAUAUCAUCCAUUUUGACCAUUCUGAACACGAUCCCUGUGGCUGACCUCCUCUCCUUUAAGGAGUUGAGCUCAGGGAUCUUCAAUGCAUAUGGCGACAUGCUAUCCUUUGCCAAGCUACUGUGA